AUGCUGCUAGUAUCUUUGAGGCUGCUCAGCGUUUUUCAUGUUACUGUAUGCACUCAUGUGCCACAUGGCGCUCAUCCGGAACAGGUCGAACGUUACGCCGAGGCAUUGCAGCACGGGCUCUUUCAAUGUCGGGACGGCUCGGAAGCGCUGGCUGCCAGCGUCUUGAACGAUGACUUCUGUGACUGCGCGGACGGAUCCGAUGAGCCUGGCACCGGGGCCUGUGCCGGCGUGCCGGGUGCCAUGCUCUUCUGCCAGAAUUUGGGCUCGGUGCCCAGGUGGGUGUACAGCUCCCGAGUGGGCGAUGGCAUUUGCGACUGCUGCGAUGGCAGCGACGAGGCUGGUUGCCCGGACACCUGCGCCGUAGAGGGCCCUGCCCUGAUUGCCCAAGUGCGAGCAAGGGAGGAGGACAUUCGGGAAGGACGGCGAAUUCGACGGCAGCAGAUGGAAGAGGGCGGCAAGCAGGCAGCGAUCUGGCGAGCCGAAAAACAAGGCUUGGAUGACGAACUGGCGAAGCUUAUGCUGGAACGCUCAGGCCUGGACAACAAGAAGGCUCCGUCGACAGAUCCUCAAGUUCGCACUCCUGCCAACACUCCAAAGUCAACAGCCAGAGAAGCACCUGCGAUUUCUGAGUAUGCCAAGUGGUCGCUACAACCUGAUGAACAGAACCAGGCCGCAGAUCAGCCUGGGGAGCUUCAAUGCUGGGUCGGCGAAUUUGUGGGCGCUCAAGCGUGGUGCUGUGAUCCCAGUCAAGGUCCGCGUGGCCGAGGGGAGUGUUGGGACCAGGUCUUUACAUUCGAAGCAUGCUGCCCGAAUGCCAAAGUCGCGACCUCAGAGGAUGUCGCUCGUCUCAUCCGCCAAGUGAAGGGGCGAAUCUUCACAUUGGAGAGGAAGCUGAAGGCAGUGUCAAGAGAUCCUCGGUGGUUUGCCUUGGCUGAGACAUGUGUCAAGAAGGAUGUCAUGGGAAAAGAGUUCAGCAUUUGCUUCUUUGGGGAUGCUCGUCAAGGCUCCGUGAGUCUCGGAAGUUUCGAAGCCUGGGAUGAAGCCGGACAUCAGCAGCUGUACACCGGAGGGCAGCGCUGUCCUUCUGGUCCAUCGAGAUCCCUGAAGCUUCGUCUGGUAUGUGGAGCUGAGACUCAGCUGCUGGACAUUUCUGAGGUGUCCUUGUGUAGCUAUGAAGCGGCGGCGAGCGCUCCAGGAGCUUGUGGGUCGGAAGAUCUCCAGGAUUCGUCGACUCCGCUGACUCCACUGACUCCGCUGACUCCGCUGACUCCGCCGCAAUGA